ACAAAGCAAGCCACCGUCGCAGUGUUGGAGUAGCAUUUUUCCACAGCGGAUGUGUCGAUAACGGGUUCGUCGGUAAUUAGUGGAUUUAGUGCGUCGCGGAAAUGGACCCGAAACCCGAGGAGGAUGCGGAUCUGCUCGAGGUGAUGCCGUCGCAACCGUCGGCACCGCCACCACCACUAGCUUCAUCGGCAGGCCCCUCGGCGGGGCGUAUUCGAUCAAAGAACUGCGACGUACGCGGGUGCAACUCGAACAGUUUGCGCAAUCCGGAGCUGCUGUUUGUGGCCGUUCCGGGACAAAAUGCACCGGAGCGGCGGUUCGUGUGGCUUACGCUGAUGCAGGCCAUUCGGGACAAGAAGCGGAGCUACGUCUGCUCGCGCCACUUUGCGGUACCAGAAGACUUUAAGGACUUUCACGAGUUCAUUACGGCUCCGCCUGGUUACAAGCGUCAGCUUAUGGUGAAGAGGGGUGUCGUGCCCCACUUCAACAUGCCCCCAUUAAAUAUUCCCGGUCUGCCGCCGUUGAACGACCAUUGGCAGUUGACCCUGCCGGUCGGGAUGACGGAAACGGAUCAAAUUCGACAGGCAAGGGUUUCCGAGAUGUUUGGCGGGGGUCAUCUUCAGGGUCCGGCCGAAACGUCGGUCGCUAGUAACAACAGAUCAGUGGCUUGCACUAAUCCACAGGCCAGUCCGGUUAAGCGUGCCGUAAAGGCCGUUCAGACGGAAACGGUCUUCUCGAGCGGACAACGCAAGAUGCAAGCUAGUUUGCAGUAUUGCAGAUUGUGCCUUCAACGGCAGGAUUUGGAACCGAUAUUCACCGGUGAUCAGACGCUCAUUGAGCCCGAUUUGAUUGAUAAAAUUUACGGAUGCACGCAAAUUUUGAUCACCAUAGAAAAUGACUUUCCGUCCUCGAUCUGCACCAACUGCUACCAGAACGUACAACACUUCAUCACGUUCCGCCGGUCCGUUCAGAAGAACGAUCAAUCGCUCCGAUCGACAGCGGCCACCAUCGGAACAUUUAAGCCGGCCCCAUGUCCACCACUUCCGGCACCGACUAGUUCUUCACCCGCCGCGGUCACAGCCGUGCCGGCUCGAACCAAAACCAUUGGCAAAGUGACACCGAUGCGACCAGUUCCAACAGCUUCCGCACCGGUUCGCGCCUCGUUGGCUUCUCCGCAGUGUCCCGGAAUCGUCCCGUUGGCACCCUGGAGCCUGCCAAAGUCACAGACCGUUCAGCAACAGCCGGCAUCACAGCGUCCUCGAGUGUACGCACCGCAGCGUACGAUAAUCCGGAAGCUGCCAUUGGAUCAAUCUAAAGACACUUCCGGGAAUGCUGCUGACAUUGAUCCGUUCGCAAACGUUGAAGAAAGUUCCGUCGCAGGAUGGGACAACCAGCAGGAAGGUGUUCAAAUGGCCGAUCGCGUGGUGCCUGUUACACUGAUCCGGGUUCAACCGGAACGGGAAGAGGAAGAAGAGGAGGACGACGAAGUCGUUGAAGUCCCAAAUGAACCUGAACAGACGCAACCUGCAGAGGACAACUCUCGACGAAACUUCCUGCAACCGAAACCGCUCGAACAGCUACUGGAAAAUGCCCGCAAAUCUGCAACCGAGACGGAACCGGAAGUUCUGCAAGCGGUUGAGCUGAUUCCAUCAGCUGUUGCGCAGGAAGUGGUCAAGCAGCGAAACGCUCCCAAGAUUUUCCUGCGAAAGGCGCCUGUCCCAACGAAACGGUUAAGCCCGGUUUCCACCCUUUCGAAGGUUAAGGACACGCCCAAGUUCAGUACCGUUCCCAAAGUCGUACGAGCCGUCAAGUUUCCGGGCACGCUUACUACGCUGUUUUCCGGAGUUCGGAAACCGGCAAAGUCACUGAAAAGCACUGCCAGUCCGGAACUGACAAAAUUCAAAGCUGUAGUCAGCCCGAAACCCGUUGAAAGUCCCAAGCCGGAAUCGUCAGUUCCAGAGAAGCAGAAACCUGCACCGCAACCCAAGCCGAAAGCUCCGACACCAACAGCGCAGGUUCUCAAAGAGGUUAAAGUUCCAGAGGAAUCUCCGAAAGCGCCAAUCCGACCGAAACCGAAGUUGCUUUCAUCGACGAAACCGAAGCAGAAAGAGAAUGAACCAACCCGACCGAAACCUAAGCAGAAGGAGAACGACAUUCUGGAAAGUCCACAAUCCGAAACCUCCACCGUACCGGAAGUAGCUUCGCCCCGUUCGGCUCGAGCACGCAAAAUUCCCGCCAAAUUCCAGGACACGGUCGGCUUUCCGAUGCCCAUAAUUGUGAUCAAGCCAGAUCCGGAUACCCCAUCAAAGGACGAUGAGACGCCGCGAGCGAAACUUCCGGAGGUUAAAUCCGCAUCCGAGCUGCCGGAACUACGAGUGCGCGUCCAGGAUGCCAGAGCACGGCAUUCCGCGGGUAAGCCUGCCGAGGCCAUUCCAAAAACGCGCCUUUCCGCUGGGAAGACGCAAACGCCGGUGAUAACGAAGGAACCUGAGAAAAAAGUUCAAGCCGUCAAGGUGAAGGAAGUGGAGAAAAAGACGGUUACUCCGGUUUUAAAGUCCAAGGAACCCGUGAAAAGCGUUGCGAAGUCGGCGCCGGUCCCACCGUCAAAACCCAAGGAAGUCGAGAAGAAAUCUUCAAAGGUACAGAUCGCCGUCAAAGAAAAAGUCAUGCGGGGGCGUCCAUCGAAGGAGGCACCGCCGGAAGAGCCUCCGACACGUUCAACCAAGCGGAAAUCCAUUCCUGACGCGAAGGAAUCACCACGGACGAAGCGCGCUAGCUUGGAAACGGCGCCACCGAAAGUUUCCAAACCGAAUGGUUCCCGACAAAGCGCACCGGCGAAAACUUCACCUGCUGCACCCGUAGCGACUCCGGCGCCACGAGCCUCCGCCUGUCCUUUCUGCUCGAAUCGAACGUUCGACGAGAAGAAAGCGCUGGUCAAGCACCUGCGGAAGAGGCACGGCAUGGACUAUGCAACGGUGAGACAGCGGUUAGCGAUCUACGGCGGAAACUGGUGAGCGGAAGGUUCCGGAAGACUUAUUGUUGUUUUUGUACUAUAUUUUAACUUGAGGUUUAUAAGCUGUUUCUUCUUUGAACUUUAAAUAAAUGCACUAUCGGUUUAAGCUUGACCACUCGAA